AUGGCUGAAUUAUCCUAUUUCGUAGAAGAUUUCUAUGAGAAGGUUGAAGAAUUAUUUAUAGAUUAUCGAACGAGACUUCGGGAAGAUUUAAAAAAAUGUUCUUCCUGUUUAACGGCCUCGUCAUCAGCUAUUCCAUCCGCGUCUAACAUCAAUGCUACGUGUGAAGUUCGCUUGCCUCAAAUUUCAUUGCCAAAAUGUAAUGGAAGUUAUGAGAAAUGGCAACCAUUUUUUGACUUAUUUUCCUCUCUAAUACAUAAUAAUUCAAAUCUAAGUCCAGUUCAAAAAUUACAUUAUCUUAAAAGUUGCUUGCAAGGAGAAGCACAUAACGUUCUACAAAAUCUUCCUAUCACGGACGCUAAUUAUUCCGAAGCGUGGCUGCAAUUGAUAAGACGAUAUAACAAUAAACGUUUUAACGUUAACGAAGUUUUGAAACGAUUGUUCGCCCAAAGAGCAUUACAUAACGAAUCGUCCACACUCAUCAAGGAUCUGCUAAACACAACUUCUUCAUGCUUAAAAUGUCUAGAGAACAUGAACAUUUCCACGGCUUCUUGGGACGCUAUAAUUAACUUUGUAGUCGUUUCCAAGCUAGACACAGAAUCCAAAAGGAUGUGGGAACUAGAGGUUUCAAGGAAGGAAGGAAUUUGUGUUGUUCUUGUGAUGUUCUAG